AUGCAACGAAUUCAAAGUUGGUUCGACCAGCUGACUCUGGGCCGUCAGUCCCGUCGUAUUUCACGUCGUCGUCGCAAUCAUUCCCGUCAGCCCGACGAUCGAAAGGCUUCCUCGCCCUCCGUCAACCCCAUGUCCUCCAAACGUAGUGCUCAACCGACGCGGGCCGCUUCUCACAGUGUCGUCCGUCACUCGCGUGAUGAGUUGAAACCUCUGCCAGGUAAGUGACGUGACAUGUUCUCCAAAGAACACGGUCAAGUGCCAGAAAGCAUCCAAACAGUGUUUCCGUCUGUUCACAAGUUUGUUAACCUUCUCCGCCGGACUUUUGAUUCAGCACGUGAUCAGGCGCACUUAGUAAGCGCAAACAACGGCGGAAAAGUGAAAGAACACGCCGGGGGGUUAACAUAACUCUUCAUGAAAGUGAUUCCGGUGUUUGCAGUCUGCAUCGCGUUCCCACCGCCACCCACAUCGAUGCCGCCGCCGAUGCUCGCCACUUCUUCCAACAAUAACGGAUCGUUUCCACGGAGGAAUGUGAGUGGAGUAGACAAGAGAAAGCGAAGGGGUCAUCAUGCAUUUAUUCGGUGGAAAAGUUUCAACUGGUUGUAGGGCAAAGUUGUAAGAGGUCCAUGAAUAAUUCACUUGAUAGUGGCCCCGUUUUGUUGCCUUUCUUUCCCUUUUUUCCGCUCGGCGGUUUCGGUUUUGGGAAGAGGAAAAGGGAUUCUAAUUGAAUUAGGGAGCAUUAGGACACAAGAGAGUUUCACAAAGAGAAGUGAAAGUUUCAUUUCCUCCUGAGCAGUUGCAAGUUUUUGAUUGGAGAGAGAAAGUUUGUUCUCUUGGAAAAAAAGAUCAAUUGCAUAUUCAUGUGUCGUGUACGUAAUCCAUCCCCUUCGGCUCUUUUCCAUCUAAUUCCAUCACAGUGUCGGUCGCUGGUAACCCGAUUAUGUCUUCUUCUUCGUCUCCUUCUUCUGAAGACGUACCCAAAAACCGCAGAGAUGCGAGAGUCCGAUAUGUAAAUGCGUUACUUACUUUCUACCCUCUCUCCGAUUUUGUACUCAAUAAACAGAAAAUUGAGAGGUCGGAAGACGAAAUGACGAAGAUGAUCAUAACAAUAAACAGAUGGCAGAUGGCCUCAUGAUGUUUUUUUCAGCGCAUUCGCACCAAUCCGUGGAUCGGCGAGAGCAAGAUGUGGGAGAGCACGACGAGCAGCAUGGGAAGAUCGACGACGGCGUUUGUGAGUCCGACAGAUCAUGAGGGAAGCGAGCUAGUUGGUCGUGUUUCAGGAAUCUGGAAAGAGCAAGAACAAAAGGGCUCCGGCUCUUUGCGUCGUCAGCCCGGAUACCAGCAUGUGCAGUUCCGGAUACGCAUCUCACGAUUCCAGGUAACAUUUCUUCUGAGAAUCUCAUUUUGAUCUUAUGUGAUGUUCAAUUCGCAGAGGGGCAGAAUGUAAUCCUUGACAUUAAUUGUGCUGCACAAACAUUCAUUAUGUAAUUAUCGGGAGGAGAGCCCCUUCCAAGAGGCCAGCGGGUGUUGACUUACCAGCUAGCUGCGGUCUGGUAAUGUGAUCGACAGAUGACACCUAAAUGACACAAAUUAGCGAGAAGCCCCCCGCUUCUGCCGUCCUAAACGGAAACACGAUGUGUCAGCCGGGCGAACAUUGAUUUCGAAACACCCGCACUUCCUAUCUCCCCAACAUCACUCAUUCGAAUCGCAUGAAUCUAAGCCCAAAAAGAGAGCACUCGAGGGAAUCCCUCCAAGUUCAUAAACUCAUCGGAACGUCCGUCAGAAUGUCAUGCGCGAACGCGCCCUUCGAAGGCAUAUCUGUCGGCUUCAAUCUCUCGCCCAUUUAUCUUGAUUUUCGUAAUAAGUCGGCUUUCACUCGCAUCCAAACAAGCAUGCAAUUACACUAGUAAAGAGUACAACAAUCCGGGGGCCGACUGGGGGAAUGGCGUGGACACGUUCAUCAUCAGAAUGCCUAUUGUGGCGCAACAACUCGAGUACCCUCUUCAAAACGCUCAUUUUCCAGUCCCGACACUUCAAUGGUUUGGACGAAUUGCGGAGAGUGGCCAAAACACUACGACAAUGGAGCCAAUAUCUAUCACGAGCUGAUGGUGAGAACAGGGAAUGCCCCCGAGCCCGACGAACACGGACUUUCUUUCAGAGCUCCUCUUCUUAUCACUCGCUCCGUCCGACUCCAAGCCCCAAACAUGAACGGGCAGACUCUCCGAUCUACGCGGAGCCGUGGACUUCUGCCUGCGGACCGAUGGUUGUUCGGAACAGAACCUACCGUCCGGCGUCUCCAGUCUAUGCACAGCCCUUCUCGGAGCACUAUCAUCGGAUCUCGCCGCGAAGAAACUUAAAAGAAAUGACCGACGAUGAGCUCGCCAGAGACGAGUUCCUGCACGAGCUCGAUCAGCAGAUCCAUGAGCUGCAGGUAACUUGAGAACGGCCACAUCCUGCUAGUCAUGAGUCCUUCUAGAUGCGUUCCGAGGAACUCCGAGAGAUGGUGGACCGUGCUCGUCUGCAACGGAAAGAAUUCAUCAUCCCGAAGAUGGAGUGCACAUUCGAGUUGGCCAUCUAA